GAAGGCUGCGCGAGCAGAGUCAACGGUCGGGAGCAGGAACACGACGCAUCCAAAGGCUUUAACUAUAUAAACCCACCGUAAAUGGGUUUAUUACCACACCAGUCGUUACUCUCGCCACUCCCGUAUACCUCGAGUGAUUGUUGUGGAUGGAUUAUUUUAUUCACGUCUCACCAAGAAGCCUUAACAACGCCCAGUCAGCAGCGGCAGCCAUAGCUCCGUCAUUGACGCUGGAGGAUACCGUAAUCUGCUCCUGCAAUGGCCGUCUUUAGUCAUCAGGUGCUCCUUGCAGUCACACGAACUAGGGGAUCAUAUCUGUUAUCCAAGAGGCAAAGCUGCUCGUCUUUGUCUUCCAAAGCGUAUCUCCACAUAGACCCUCCUCGCCACAGCUCGUCCUUACUCACUCUCAGGCACUCCCGCUAUGGCUAUCCCCACUGUUACAGAGGCCACGCUCUCAGCCGUAACCACAGCUCCGCCCUGCUCACCCGCUCUCUGCACAGCACAGGUGUGUGGCUCCAGGACAUAAAGCCAGAGGACACUAAAGCGUCACCAGCCGCCACACAAGAUGCUACAAAAAAGGACUCGGUUGUUGCUGCAGCAACACAGCCCCAACCUCCAUCAGCUCCCGCUCCAACGUCUGCCACCACUGCCACCACUACAGCGGCCGCUGUCCCUUCAGCGCAGGAGAGGGCAGUGGUAAGAAAGGCUCUGCAUCUCAGGAUUGUGGAUGAAUUAAAGCAUUACUACAAUGGCUUCCGGUUACUUGGGAUCGACAUCAAGAUUGCUGGCAGGAUGGUGUGGAGGCUGCUGCAUGGACAGUUGCUCACACGCAGGGAGAGGAGACGGCUGAUGAGGACCUGCGCCGACCUCUUCCGACUAGUUCCCUUCAUGGUGUUCAUCAUCGUUCCCUUCAUGGAGUUCCUCCUGCCUGUCUUCCUCAAACUCUUCCCAGAGAUGCUGCCCUCCACCUUCGAGACAGAGUCCAAAAAGGAGGAGAAGCAGAAGAAAGGUCUGGCGGCUAAGCUAGAAUUGGCCAAGUUUCUCCAAGAGACUAUUGCUGAGAUGGCUCGAAGGAAUAAAGCUAAAGCUCUGACUGAAGAUGAGACGCAGCGCUUCUCCACAUAUGUUCAGAAGGUUCGAGGCACAGGGGAGCAGCCCACCACAAAGGACAUCGUCCGGUUUUCCAAGCUGUUUGAGGACGAGCUUACGCUGGAGCACCUGGAGCGCCCCCAGCUGGUGGCUCUGUGUAAACUGCUGGAGCUGCAGCCCAUCGGCACCAACAACUUGCUGCGUUUUCAGUUGAUGAUGCAGCUCAGGACCAUCAAAGCAGAUGAUGAGAUGAUUGCAGCAGAAGGUGUGGCAGCUAUGAGUGUGUCAGAGUUGCAGGCUGCGUGUCGUAGUCGUGGGAUGAGGUCUUUGGGUCUCACCACUGACCAGCUACGCCAGCAAAUGCAGCAGUGGCUGGAUCUUCACUUGAAGGAGAAUGUUCCUCCAUCACUGCUGCUGCUCUCUAGAGCCAUGUAUCUGACCGACCUCAAACCAAAACCCCCAGUCAUCCCACCUGUUCCCAAACUCGAGAAAGCUCCUCCUCCCCCUCCCCCAGUGGAAAAUACAGGAGCAAACACAACCUCAGUCACCACUGAUAUGUUGGCAGAUCCUGCCAUUAUCAUCAAGGAAAGACAGGUAGAGGAGUUGAGAGACAAGGCCCCUGUGAUCUCAGACAAACCUCUGACUCCUGCUGAAGUCCUUCAGGCUAAAGCAGCCACAGAGGUGACCCAGAAGAGCAAGAUGAGUGCCAAUGGCGUGUAGAGGAGCAGGAGCCUUUAGACUGAGUGGGGGAUAAAGAUUACACAGACCUGUUUCCUAAGGAGGGGAAAGAGGAAUGGCAGGGAUGUUGUGGUCAUCUGAUGGGCCAGUGAUGGUCUGCAUUUCAGUAGCCUUCAAUUGUUUUAAAGCUCCUCCAUAAACAUUCUUUCUCUCUGGAUCAGAGGGACUGGAAAACACUGGAUCUGGUCAGCCUUCAUUGUUCAACUCAUCCAGGAGUCCUGCUUUUUCUUUGUCCCUUUCUCUUUGAACACCCAGGAGAGGUCUACUUUAUCUCAGCGCUGCCAUGGCCGCCCUGCUUUCACAUUUGUGCACUCCGUUUUCUGUAACUCCCCAUUUUAAGCUGGACUAACCAGUCUUAGAUUUCACCUGACUGGCAGACCACUGGUGGUGUUACUAUGUUGACCUUGUUUCCUGAAAGCAACACCCAAACUGACCAUCACAGCCUGAUCAACUUACAGAGUCUCCCUGAAGUCUAGAUGGUCUCCUUCUUCUCCUCCUCCUCCUGUAAAUUUGUAAAUAUCCUGUAUAUUUUUGUUUCUGUCACCACAGCAGCAGCAGUGUUGUACAUUUUGCUAUGCAAAGGCCUAAUUUCUCUCAAGAACUCUAGAGUUUUUCUCUUUUAGCUAAUUUUAUUUUGUUUUAUUUGGAAUAUUUUCACUCCUGUUAAGGAUAUGAGAGAACUCUUUUUGUUUUUUUCUGAAACGGUUUUGUCCAUCUUUUUGGUUCAGUUGCAGUCCUGACUUUAUUUUUACUCGGUAAUCUGAGACCAGGCUGAUGUGCAACCACCUAAAACAGCACAACCAGAGCCUGCUAUAGAAUGAAAAUGUCAAAAUGCCAUCUUAUUUCUCCAGCAGAUAGACAUGCAGAAUUGGACCGGCCCUGUGCCUGUUUAAUAUUUUGUAGUUGCUUCUGCUGUAAUUAGUAAACAAAAACCUGCUCAUCAUUAAGAGAGAACUCACUCCUUAAACCCAGAGGUGGCUGGGAUAAAGUGCAGUCUGCCUCCACUCUAAACCACUAAGCGGACAUUCCGUUAAGAGAAAUGCAAUGUUUAUUUACAUACAGAGUAUAUGUAUUGUGUUUUAACACUAUGGCGCUACAAGUUCUUGAAACUGAAAACAGACAAUACUUGAUGUAUUAUUAUUAAUAUUGGAGAGAAACUUAAAUUUUUAAGCCACAAUAGAGAUUAAUGUUAUUUUUGGUCUUGUGGCACUGAAAGAGGUAAAUGUAUAGCAUUAUGACUGUUUCGCCUAACACAAAGUUUAAUAUACAACCCUAAAAUUUAUUGGAAAGUUUACAACCUAUACAUGUACUGUAUAAAUACAGUUUCUGUGUGUUUGGCUAAAGUUUUGUAAGCUUCCUAUCCUCCCUGAGUAUUUUGACAGAGCUGGAGUAACUGAUUUCAUUGCAGCUGGAUGAAAGUUUUUGUCUCCACACCAUUUUUAUCAUAAAUAGCAAUCCACAGACACCUUACAGAAGUGGAUAACGAAGAAUAUUUUUAAGCAUAAAGUUGCUGACAAAGGUUUAUUUUAUUGGUUUUACAUAUGUGCCUAAAGUUGAAGGGUGAUUGUGGCUGUAUUUUUCAUCAGAUAACAGGUUUUCUAUAUUUACCAUAAUCAGCUCUUGCUUUGGUUUGAUAUUUUACCUCAUUAUCUGCCUAAAGCAUCCAGUUCCACCUUCUAUCUUACCUUGAAUGUCUCCUCUUUCCCUCCCCACAUUUGAUCCAACUAAAAAACAAAUAGAAAAUGAUUUUUUUCCUUAAAACCAACUGGACUGAUGAAAAAGCAGUCACCCGUCAGACAGCUAGCCCUUGUGACUCAAAGGGGAAAUCAAAAAUGAGAAUCAGAGUAGUAGCUUUCUCCUCUCCAUUUUGUGCUGCUGCCAUAUUUAUAGAAAGACAUUUUGAACAGAAGUGAACUGAUUUUUGCAACACUUGUGAUUACUGAGCUUUGUUGCUGAAUUAUUACUCCCCAGUAGUGCUGUUUUGAUCCAUUGGAGGUUUUUUCCUUUUCUGCAAUGAUGCUUAAGGAUUAGAGCGCUGAUCAGCAGUUUGAUAUUGUGAAUUGCUAAACUGGUUCAUGUGCCAGUCCUGCCACACUUCAUAAAUUUAAAUUGCGUUCUUCUGCACCUACAAGUAAUUUUCAUCUUUGCAUCCGAAACAGCAUUCCUCUUUUUGGAACUGUGUUUUCUCAUUCAUCAGCUCCAUAGUGUGUGUGUUUUAACAACACUGUGCCUGUCUGGAAACUUUGUGGUCUACUGAUGUCACGGAUGUUUCAAACAUCAGUGAUUUGAUGUGUCCUCUGUCUUAAGGCUCAUUUUCUUUUAGUUUAAAAUUGCACUGCUGUCCAGUUACUUCUGACCCUGUAUUGAAUUCAUGCAUCACUUUGAUAUGGCAAAUAAGUGAUGGCGAAAAUGAAUACACAUGAUUAAAUUCAUGAAACCCCUUA